AUAAGGAGGACUUAUUUGCCCAUAUAAGUGAAACCACAGACGUCUGUGUCGUAUUUACAUUCUACUCGUUGAGACCACCGCAGAUAUUUUGACAGAGACAUUAAAGUCCAUUCUUGGAUGAUUUGCCAGCAGCGUAGAGGAUCUCUCGCGCUUGCUUGUGGUUGCGUCCAGUGACGUCAUACGGUGCGUAAUGCGCUUGAACAUGGCCGAUGAGUGUGAACCUGUGGAAAAGCGGUCCUGGUGGAUCAGUAGCUGGCUUCCUUCAUGGUGCCCGACCUCUAUGAACCAGCUGAAAGAUGCUGAAGAGAAGAUUCUACUCCCUGUGAAAAGUCCAUUCUCCAGGCAACUUGUGCCAAUCUCAGAUGGCAAUGUGCUGUCAACGCUCACCUUCAGUGGCAAAGCCGAGUGUGACUCCACCCCCCUUGUGUUGCUCCACGGAUUUGGGGCAGGCGUGGGGCUCUGGGUGCUCAACCUGGACGCCCUGUCCCAGCAGCGGUCGCUGUACACCUUUGACCUGCUGGGCUUUGGGCAGAGCAGCCGGCCGGCCUUCAGCAGCGAUGCCCAGGAGGCCGAGCUGCAGUUCGUGGAGUCCAUCGAGCAGUGGAGGGCCGCCCUGGGCCUGGAGAGCAUGAUCCUCCUGGGCCACAACCUGGGAGGAUACCUGGCAGCUGCCUACGCCCUCAAAUACCCUGCCAGAGUGAAGCACCUGAUGUUUGUGGAGCCGUGGGGGUUUCCACAGCGGCCCGACCCGGCGGACGAGCACAAGCCGCUCCCCAUCUGGAUCAAAGCGCUCGGGGCCAUGCUCAGUCCCUUCAACCCCCUGGCGGGGCUCAGGGUUGCUGGACCACUUGGUCCAACCCUUUUGCAGACACUGAGGCCGGACUUUCAGAAGAAAUAUGUGUCCAUGUUCGACGACAGCACCGUGGCUGACUACAUAUACCAUCUCAACGUGCAAACUCCAAGUGGUGAGACGGCCUUCAGAAACAUGACUAUUCCUUACGGCUGGGCCAAGCGGCCGAUGAUCCAGAGGAUCGGCCUCAUCCAGGCAGACAUCCCCAUGACCGUCAUCUACGGCUCCCGCUCCAGCAUAGACGGCUACUCUGGCAAGACCAUCAAAGAGCUACGACCAAACUCCCAUGUGGACAUUAUUGCCAUCCGUGGAGCCGGACACUACGUGUUUGCUGACCAACCAGACGACUUCAACCACAAGGUGCUCCACAUCUGUGAGACGUUAGGGUGAAACUCUCCAUGGACACUUUCCGUAAAGGUGGUUUCGUUACUGAAUGCAUCUAAGUUCACCCCAAAUCCUGAUAGAAGACACUUUCAGGUUUAGCCUUCAGUCAUUAGCAGAUUUACCUCAUCGUGCAGGUUAACCUAGCCAUGUUCAUCACUUAACCAUUUAACUCCACUGGCCUCUUUUAAUGCUAGAUACCACUUGCUCAGGGUACCCAGUACUCGGAGCUCGAAUAAGUCUGAUCCAUAAGCCAGAAAUAAGGAAUACCUAAAACCUUCAAUGAAAGUGCCUUCUGAAAACCCAUUCUGUUUAUUCUGCCCUUGUAGAAGAGCCCUGGCUGAGGGAACAAUUUUCUGCUCAGUGUUUUGUUGUUGUUGUUUUCAGUCUGGAAUUUCAGUCUUUUGUUUCAAAUGUUUGUUGUUGUUGACCACACAUGAGUUCAGAUAUUUGUAUAUUAUUUUUUUCUUUUCUUUAUAUAUCACAUGCAAUGCCUUACAGUCGACAAAAUGGUUGGCAAUGCACAAAUGAGAUGCGUUCUUGCACUUACAAAUGAAGGUAAUAGACAUAUGAUAAAUACAGUAGUUGCAUGGACCAGGGGUUGAUCGGGCACAAAUGUAAUUUUCCUGAAUCACGGAAAGGUAAAUCACAGAAUUAUGUUAACACUGUGUGCAGUUACAUGUGAGGAAUGCAAACGAGUUGUACUAGCUCCUCAUUCAUUCCAAAUGUGGUUGUGUUCCGAGAAUAUUCUGGAUGCAGUACACUGCUCCACACGUGUAAAUGGAAUAUUUCAUUACUUGAUUCCAUCUGAAUACUGACAAUAUUCCAUUUGAAACUGGAAUACUCCGUGCAUGUAAACUGCGCUCACCGUGUCAUCUCUCCUAUCUUAAUCUCAUCUACCUCACACAGAUUACUAGCAACCAUAAACCCGAGUGUCUGUUAUAGACACUGCUUAAAUGCCACAGAACAGGUCUCAGAUCGCCCGGUAUGCUUAUACUUACCUUUGUAACAGAUUUGUGUUUAACUUGUAUCAAGGAAUAAGAUUUGACUUAAAUUUCAUGCAGCAUUUAACCUGGAUAAUAUUUGUUAGAAUUUGAAUGGCCACGGCUACAUGAUGUUUUUAAUUCCGAAGUAAUAAUUCCGAAUUAAAUAGUUCCAUGGAGUUUACAUUGCACUUUCCUUUUAAAUCCAAAUGUUGUGUUUACAUGAUGUUUUGAAAACGGAAUUAAGCUUUAUUCAGAAUUAUAUUGAGUUAAUUCUGAAUUAAAUGUCUCAUGUAAAGGAGGCCAUUGUGUUUCAAAAAGAUCUACCGGUAAAUGUGUAUACAAAUUAAACAAAUGUGACAUUUCAAUAACA